AUGAAGGGGAUCAAAGGGGCACCUGUCAUGUUGCUACGUAAUCUUUCUGACAAGUUAGUGAAUGGUCUACGGGGAACAGUCGUUGAUAUCACUGAAAGUGGUCCAGUUGUGGAAUUCCCAUCAUUGAAUAUGAAAAUGCCAAUGGAGAAAAUCACAUUUUCAGUUUUCAGUCCUCCCAUGAAUACUGAUGUUGCUGUUAGAGUUCAGUAUCCAAUCAAGCUCAGUUUUGCCAUGAGUAUACACAAAUCACAGGGGCCUAACACUUGA